AUGGAACGUAUACUUCGUGCUGCAAAUUAUCCAAAUUUAUAUGGACUUGGUUUAUUGGACAUUGACUUAGAAACAGCUCAAUCUCUCUUUGUUCAUGAAUAUUCUUUAAUUCAUAUAUAUAUAAAUCAAAUAACAUCAUUUAUUAUCGAUAUAACUAAAAAUAAAAAUAAAAUUUCAAUAGAAGGUGUCAAUAUAUUUUUAUUUACACAUAUUUUUAUAACAUAUACCAAUUUACAAUAUUUAAAUUUCAAUCCAUUUUCAAGUUACAAUAAAUCUUUAUCAUUUCCGAAUUCAUCUCCAACUUUUAUCUCCUCAAAUCUCUUAGACUUGCAUGUCUCUUUGGGAAAUUUCAUCGACUGUCUUUAUGUACUUGAUGGACGUUUCAAUCAACUUCGCACAUUUCAUGUUAAUAUUUGUUACAUUUCCGUUUUUGGUCGAAAACUUAAUAAUAAGGAAAAAUUACCUAAUUUAAGAUGUUUUUCGCUACAUUCUUAUAACAUUACAGAUGCUUAUGAUGAAUUAAUUAUACCACUUCUAUAUCGAAUGUCAAAUUUAGAAAAACUCGAUUUAAAUCUUUCUCUUUCUAUGAAAAAAACAUUUGUUGAUGGAAAUGAUUUGAAGAAAAAUAUUAUCAAUCAUAUGUUACGAUUAGACAAAUUGACAUUUAAUAUUCGUUCAGUUCUUCAUCUUCAUAAUGAAAUUAAUUUACCAUCAAAUGAAGAUAUACAAAAUACAUUUCGUGAUUUUAAAAAUAAUCAUAUCAUUUCUUGCCUCGAUUAUUUUCAAGAACAACAAAGUAGCAAAUGUCUUAUUUAUUCAUAUCCAUAUAAAUCAAAAUUUUAUAAGUAUAUAACAAAUAAUUUUUCGGGUGGAUUAUUCAAAUGUGUUCGUGAAAUAUCAUUAUUUGAUGUACAUCCUUUUGAACAUGAAUUUUUCCUUCGAAUUUCUCAAUCAUUUCCAUUUAUGCAAAAAUUGGCUUUACGCAAUUAUAAACCACAAAAUAACAAAUUAUGUAAAGAAUCAAAAAAUGACAAUCAAGAUUUAUCCAUUAUUAAAUAUCCUCAUCUUGCUAGUCUUACACUUAAUAGAUCUCAUGAUGAUUAUGUUGAACAAUUUCUACUUGAUACGAAAACAUGUUUACCGAAUAAUGUUCAUCUUAACGUCACUUAUCAAACCUUGGAAAGGGUGACACAUAAUUUUACAAGAGAUGCAACACGAAUCAAUUGUCAAAAACUGAAGUCUUUAUCUAUUGAUCCUAUUCGAAUUUUUAAACAUGUCAAAAACUAUUUUCCUCAUACGGAAAUAUUCUGA